AUGCGAACAGAACAGUAUCGACUGACAGCACAGAACAUAUUCCGCUCACUGAGGCAUGCGAACUUGCACUGUCCAAUCCACAUGGCAACACCUCCAUUUAGCAGCUUGCAGCUUUUACUCAGCGCAGCUGCAUUGUUGUCUGCUGCUGCUAUAGCCAACAACGACAGUGGCGACGAUGGCAACAACAAUUACAUACGCUGCACAACGUUUGCGCAGUGCUGUAUGAUGUGGGGAGACAACUCGAAGCGCUGCAAGCGCGGACCUUGCACGAAUACGUGGAUCAUGCGCAAGUUCUUUUCGCUCAGUAUGCCGCGUGACAGCAUUACAUUUUGGGAAGUGAUUAUGACAAUCUACAGUAUGGUGCCACACGCGGUGCUCAUUGUUAUCAUUGUCGAAACCUUGCUACGUUCGCACCGCUACACGCGCGUAUUUGCAAUCCUGCUACCAAUCAUCUUGACUGUCGUCAACACCGUUAUCCUGGUGAAGCUCCUAGGCGACUGCAACGAGUGUCCGCGUCCAGCUGGAUCUUGUCUCGUUACUAACGGACUGCCAUCGGGCCAUGCCGCAAACGCCGUGGGACUAUGGAUCUGGAUCGUCCUAGAGACGGCUGUAGGCGUUGGAGAGCGUGUACGUCACUGGACAAUGAGUCGCAAAGCGAUCGUAAUUUUCAUCGCCACAAUAGUAUUAACACCAGUGCCCUACAGUCGCUACUUCUUGGGAGACCACACGGUACUGCAGGUGGCUGUUGGAUCGGCCAAUGGACUCGUGUUGGGAGUCGCCUACUUUUUUUUCGUUCGCUGGCAAGGCAUGCAUCGUGCAGUUGAUGCUUUCGCGCGAAUUAUGGCGCACUGCAUCAAAUUUGAGACCAAGGAUGACUUCUAUCUGACCCACGGCCAGAUGCCACUGGCAUCCGGUGGCGACGGCACUAUGGCGGACGAAAUGGCCAGCGACAACGGUGAGGGUAAAAAUGUUGGGGCUCGUGCAGCUCACACUACAGAACAGAAAAGUCAAACAUCAUAUGUGCAAGCGUAA